AUUUCAAAUUCAAGUCAUCUUAAGCAUUUCUUUCUAUUUCCUUUGAGCAAUCACGAGGGUUGCCUGCCGAUCGUGGUGUCCGAUCUUUUUCGCAGAGCCCACAUAUAUAUAUUAUAUAAACCGCAUUUAUAUGUGCAAUAUAUCUAAGUAGCCCGAUUUGCGUACUGACCAAAUUGUAACGAUAAUAUUUAAAGCGCGCGCGCUUAAGUGGAAUCGGCACGCGAUUCAAUUGUCUUACAUUGACCGAAGGCGCGAAGUGUGCCGCAUGUGCCGCAUGUGUGUAUGUGUGUAUGUAGGUGUGCACACACGCCUUGACCGGCUGCCAGGCAAGAGCUGGAGCUGGAGCAUCGCAGUGGCAAUCGUUUGACUAGAAGCACAUACGCGCCGCAUACGCGCCUGCCUCCCACACAGAUGGGCCCGAUAAUCGCGGACAAUCUAUGAACAUAUGUGCAUAUCCGACAGCAGAAAUCAUGAGAUAAGUGACAUACACAGACUCAGUUACCGUCACACGUUCGGCUGGGCUUAGAUACCUACAAGCGAGUGUAUUUACAUAUGGCAUAUGCCAUGGACAGUAGCUGGCGAGUGGACGGCGGUUUAUUUAUUUGAUAUUUGAACGCAAGCCGAGCUGGUGCCGACCGAGUCGAAGUCCAUCCAAGAACCCAGCUGAGCACACAUAAUUAACGGCUCCGUGUCAUACAUAUAUAUGCCAACAUACGCGGGCACAUCCUAAUCGCGUUUUGUAAUCCUCCGACUUAGCAUCUAGUGCACGAAUUAAGGAGUUUUAUAUAUAUAUUUUUUUGUAUUAAAUUCAAAUUCGGUUUCGCUAUCGUGUUGCAGAUUUCAUAAAGCGAAUUAUGAAAUUCCCACGUCGAUGUAAAGUGAGAUGAUUUGAGGUUUGGUUUAAUUUUCUGUUUCGUCGUCAACAUCAUGCUGGGCAAAUAUAACAAAAAAGCAUUCAUAUCGCUUGGAUUGACUUUCAUAUUGAUGUGGAUUAGUGAGGCCGAGGACGCCCACGUGAACUACAACUACACAACGAAGCCGCGAGUGGUUCUUCCGCCUAAUUAUGUCAAGGAAAUGCGACCGCCCUCAAGGAAGGGCUCCCCAGUGAUAGUAGACUUUAGCAUAUUUGUUGUAGAUAUUAACUCAAUUAAUGUAGAGGAUAUGGACUUUAGAGUUGACAUGUUUAUACAUCAACGAUGGAUGGAAUCCCGACUGGAGAUAUCUGAUGACAUAUUCGAGGAGGGCGACGAUUACGUCACCUUGCUUCCAGAAUUCUUCGACAACCUCUGGCAGCCAGAUCCGUAUUUUCUGAAUUCUAAAAUUGCCGAAAUAGCUACCCUGACGCACAAGUUCACAUCGGUAACGCUCUAUAAGAAUAAGACCGUGCGCUAUGCCGCUCGCAUGCAUGCCAUAAUCGCCUGCCAAAUGGAGUUCCAGCUGUACCCCAUGGACAUUCAAGUGUGUCCCAUUUACAUUGAAAGUUUUUCGUCCAAUAACCAGAAGGUGAAGUUGCGCUGGUCCGAUUCCGGAGUAACGCUGAAUCCAGAGCUAAAACUGCUGCAGUACAAUCUUGGCCAGCCGCUGGAGCUGGAGGAGAGCGAUGGCUAUAUGCCAGAGAAAGUGGGCAACUUCUCACGGCUCACCGUCUAUUUUCGGUUCGAGCGGCAAAUCGGGCAUCAUCUGAUACAAACGUUCGCACCUUCCUCGCUGGUGGUGAUGCUCUCCUGGUUCAGUUUCUGGUUGGGCCUGGAUGCCAUUCCCGGGCGCGUGACCCUGCUGGUCACCUGCAUGCUGACGCUGGUGACAAUGUUUACGGGGCUGCGAGCAGAUAUACCACCCGUUGCGUAUGUUAAGGCGCUUGACUUGUGGAUGGCCGGAUGCAUGGUAUCUGUGUUUGCCGCCUUGGCCGAAUUUGUCGUGGUCAAAGUAUUGGACGUUCAGUACCAGUACCAGGUGAACCGAAUACCAAAGGUACUGCCCAUGCGCAUAAGCAAUAUGGAAAAGGGUCAAUGUGCAACUGUGGCCAGCUGGGAGGGUGGAGCCGUACGGUCACGAAAGGCCACACAAACUCCGACAACACCGGGCCAGACUUCACUGCAGGGCAACGGCGGGCCCCCAAAGCCUGCGCGCCGCCAAAGCCUUUUGUCCGUUGCAUGGACGGACACGGAUACGGGCGUGGAGAAGAUCAUGUGGCGUGAGAUUGACAAAGUUUCUCGAGCCGUAUUUCCGAUAUUGUUUUUUGUGUUCGUGCUACUAUAUUGGCCCAUAUUGCUGAUGAAGUCGUCCUAGGAUUUGGGGAGUUCCAGAAUACACUUUUCUGGACUCCGUUAAAAAUUCAAAUGGAAUUAACUCACAACCAUAUUGGAAUUAUAUUGAACACAACGCGGCCCUACACUACAACCUAUACCUAUACCCAUCUUUAACUAUACAAUAACCAACUGCUAUGAGCAUAUCACUCCACUCAAGUACAACACAUUCUAUGGAACCUACAGUUACCUUUCCAAUGGGCAAAUCCUGCU